GGCCUCCACGGCGGCAACCCCGGCCCCUGUUAAUGUCCUCCGCCUGUGGGACUGAGCGGGGAAGCUCACGGUAGUGGCGGCCAAGGAGAGGGGCCGGCCUUGCCAAGAAUAAAGAGGGAGGGGAGGGGAAAAAGCCCGCUCGCCCACCCCGCUCCCGGGCGGAGGGCGGGGGCAGCGCGUCCCGCGGGCCGAGCGCGUCUCGGGCUGAGAGCAUCUCUCCGGAGCCGCGCGGGAAGGAUGCUGGUCGGCAGGGGCGCGCGCGCGGGGCGCGGGAUGCCGCGGGGCUGGACCGCGCUCUGCCUGCUCAGUCUGCUGCCCUCUGGGUUCACAAAUAUGGAAAACAUGACUGCUGUCACCACAGAGUCAACCACCCAAGCAAUAACUUCAACUGUGUUUGCAAAUGUAUCCAACCAGGUGGCCACCACCCUAAGUCCUCUUGGAAGUACCACCCUGUACCCUGUCUCUCAGGACAACAAUGGUACCACUGCAACCAUCUCAGAGACUACAGUUAAUAUCACAUCUACCUCUGAGAUCGCCCCAGUGCCCGGGACCAUGAACUCUUCUGUCCAGUCACAGACCUCUUUAGCUAUCACAGUAACUUCUAUCCCAACGAGCUUUUCAACUUCAGACAUGACCUUGAAGCCCAGCCUGCUACCUGGAAAUGUUUCGGAUCCCCCAUACAACAGCACCAGCCUUGUGACAUCCCCCACUGAACACUCUACAUCAUUUUCUCUUACCCCAAGUACCAUCAGGGGAGAAAUCAAAUGUUCCCAAGUCAAAGAAGUGAAAUUGACCCAAGGUAUCUGCCUAGAGCUAAAUGAGACCUCCAGCUGUGAGGACUUUAAGAAGAAUAAUGAAGAGGAACUGACCCAAGUCCUGUGUGAGAAGGAGCAGGCUGAGGCUGGGGCUGGGGUGUGCUCCUUGCUUCUGGCCCAGUCUGAGGUGAAGCCUCACUGCCUGCUGCUGGUCUUGGCCAACAGAACAGAACUUUCCAGUAAGCUCCAGCUUCUGAAAAAGCACCAGUCUGACCUGAAAAAGCUGGGGAUCCAAGGCUUCACUGAACAAGAUCUUGGGAGCCACCAGAGCUAUUCCCGCAAGACCCUGAUUGCACUGGUCACCUCAGGGAUCCUGUUGGCUGUCUUGGGCACCACUGGGUAUUUCCUGAUGAACCGCCACAGCUGGAGCCCCACAGGAGAAAGGCUGGGCGAAGACCCUUAUUACACGGAGAACGGUGGAGGCCAGGGCUAUAGCUCAGGCUCUGGGGCCUCCCCUGAGGCUCAGGGAAAGGCCAGUGUGAACCGAGGGGCUCAGGAGAACGGGACCGGCCAGGCCACAUCCAGAAACGGCCAUUCAGCAAGACAACACGUGGUGGCUGAUACAGAAUUGUGACUCGGCUGGGUGGGGCAAGGCUGGGCAAGGUCUGGGGAAGGGGCCCCUCCCUGCAUCUGACCACAAGCUGCCUCGAUGCUGGAGCUACCAUCCCUUACCUUCUACCCUUUCCUGCUGCACACACCCUUGGAGGCCGUUCCUGGGGCCUUGCACCCCACCAGGCCGAGGGGUUCUCUCCACCUUGGGGACCGGGAGGUAACCCCUGCCCUUUCCACGUUCAGCUCGCUAAGCUUAGAAUCUCGUCUACUUUGAGUGAAGGUAUGAGGGGAAAAUGCCAAAGUGCAGGGAAGCUACCAGGGUUGGGGGUGGGGGGGGUGAUGAUCUUGCAUCAUUCACAAAUGGGCUUCUUCCCUCUCCCUCCUCUCCGCCUUAUUAAAAGAACUCUCAGGGGAAGCAUGGGCUUUUCUGGGCUACAGUUUCCUCCCAGGAGGCUUUGCCUUUUCCUGUUUCUUCCUCAUGUCUGUCUUCUCUACUUUAAGGAAACCAAAGCAACCCAAUGUACCUGCUCCUUUGUAAUGAUAUAACCAGCAAGACUUGUUGUCUUAAACCAUCUCCCUUAUACCCAUGCCAAGUCACUGUGGAUUCAGGCAUUGGCUUCCCUCAGGUUCCCCUGAGCUCCACACCCUCUCCCCCUACAUCUGCGUACAGAAGCCUGCACUGUUUUCUGGCUGAGCCUGGAAUGAGGCUGCAAGUUUUGAACAAUGUCUUGUGUCUGUGUUUGGGAGACAGGGUAGGGGUGCAUGGACACAUGCGUUCCUACCUUUGGGGACAAAUGAGGGAGGGGGAUGGCUCAGUCUUUGUCUCUCUGGGGCUCACAGAGUCUCAUCUUGGGCCCCUGUUUCUCCCUGUGGGUCCGAGUGGACAGGACCAUGGGACCAGAUCUUUGAGCCAAGCCUCUUGACCUGUGCACCUCUGAGGAAACCCCUUGCUCAGAGGCUAGGUCCUGGCCUUAUCCUCUGAUCUCGAUAGCUUCCUCCUUCCUCCCCCUGACUCCUGGGUUGAGCUGUGGACUCAGUCUCCCAGCAGACUCCUUUCUGUCUCUGCCUCCCCCACCCCAACCCCCUCACUGCUCUGCACCCCCGUGUAGUCAGGGCCCCUCGACAUCUCCAGAGAAACUUCAUCACAAGCCACCUCCUCUGUAGGUGGCCCAGGUUUUCAUUUGCAUUUUUGUUUUCUUUCCAGAGGGGUGAGCAGGGAUCCUAGUUUCAAUGACGGUUGGAAAUAGAACUUUCCAGAGAUAGGAAGAUUGGGUGGAUUUUAUUUCUGCAUACAAAAUGGUGUGUGUAAAUACUGUAAUUAAAGUGAUACUGAGACACA